CAGUACGCACUCAGACAUGACUGGAGCGCGAGACGGUGGUAGCUUCUCUGUCAAAUCUCAACGGAGGCGACGCUCACUCCGGAUUUAAAAGUCCACCAAGGACUUUUUCAUCUAAUAUCAGACGGAUUUUCCACCUUAAACCGGAGCGGAACCACUUCAGAUACUCGAAUGUCACAAACUGUGAGAGUUAGCUAACUUCAGGCAGUUUGUUGGAGCGAAAGAAAACUAACAACCCCUGAGACUUCUGUUGUAGCAGACGAGCGAAGUCCGAGAGGAUCUCUACCGCUUUCAGCACUAUUCACAGGCUUUUACGGGAUAUGUUCGAGCUCCGAACCCGUCCAGACCUGCUUACGUGUGGAUAAAUACCGGGAUUGAGACGCUUUGGUGCGCUAGCUUCAACAUGCUACCGAGCGCGGCGCAGUACGCCGUUAAGAAACGGAAGAAGCCGGUGCAGAAAACACCCAAACCUCCCCCGCCUGAUGGCACAAAGUCCAACCCGUCCAAACGGCAUCGUGACCGGCUCAAUGGUGAGCUGGACAAGCUCACCAACUUGCUGCCAUUCUCCGAGGAGGUCCGAGCCCGGCUGGACAAGCUGUCGGUGCUCCGCCUCAGUGUGGGCUAUCUGAAGGUGAAGAGCUUCUUUGGCGCUGUCAUGAAGUCCAGUCAGAGUGGCAACAGCUGGACCGGCGACCAGAGCCGGAUGUUUGGUGGAAAUGUCCAGACUUCUUCAGCACUCUCCUCUUCCUCUAAGGUGGCCUCCAUCGAUGGAGUCAGCUUUUCUGAGGGAGACCUUCUGCUUCAGGCGCUGAACGGAUUUGUGUUGGUGGUGACGGCUGAAGGUUAUGUCUUCUACACGUCUCCCACCAUCCAGGACUUCCUGGGCUUCCACCAGUCGGACGUCGUCCACCAGAGUGUGUUUGAGUUGAUCCAUGCAGAUGAUCGAGCUAUCUUCAGACGACAGCUUCACUUCUCCUUGAACCCAGAUACAGACGGGUCUGAGAGUCCAGGUGAGCAGAACAGCUCUGAGGUCAGCAGCAACGUGGUGACCUAUGACCUGCAGGUUAUUCCUCCAGAAAACUCGUCCUUCCUGGAGAGAAACUUCUGCUGUCGUUUCCGCUGCCUCCUUGACAAUUCCUCUGGCUUCUUGACCCUGAACUUUCACGGUCGCCUGAAGUUCCUGCACGGUCAGAACCGAGUGUCGGAAGACGGGAAGUUGAUUCCUCCUCAGCUCGCUCUGUUCACCAUUGCCACUCCACUGCAGCAGCCAUCCAUCCUGGAGAUUCGUACCAAGACUCUGUUAUUUCAGACCAAACACAAGCUGGACUUCACACCUACAGGCAUCGACAGCAGAGGGAAGAUUGUUCUGGGUUACAACGAGGUUGAGAUCUGCAUGAAAGGUUCCGGCUACAGCUUCAUCCACGCCGCUGACAUGAUGUACUGCGCCGACAAGCACAUCAGAAUGAUUAAAACUGGAGAAAGCGGUUUCACCUUCUUCAGGCUCCUGACCAAAGACCGGAGGUGGGUCUGGGUCCAGGCCAACGCCAGGCUGGUGUUUAAAGACGGCCGACCAGAGUUCAUCGUGGCCCGGCAGAGGGCUCUGACAAACGAGGAAGGGGAGGAGCAGCUCCGCCUGCGACAGCUGCAGCUUCCGUUCAGCUUCGCCACCGGAGAGGCCAUGCUGUACGAUCAGGUGCCACGCCUCGACGUCCCUGAUCCGUGCUCCGCCCCCAAGCAGAGGAAGCUCGACGACAACUCGGUCAGCCCGAACUCCUUACUGGGCUGCCUGCUGAGCCAGGACCAGUCCGCCUACUGCGAACACGGCGCUCCCAACAACAUCGGCUCCCUGAGCGACGUGGCGUUCCAAGAUACUCACGCCACCGUCAGCAUCCCCAGAGAUGCCACACCCAAUCCCACUGUCGGCAGAUCUCUGCUACAGAUGGACCCCAUUUUUCAGGAAAUGGUCUCAUCCCUGGAGCAGAUCUUUGGGAACACCGACUUAAUAGAAGCGGUGGAUGUGGGACCUGACGAGCUGAAGAGCUGGGAGGAUUCCCUGGCGGGGUUGGACUUCCCAACUGGAGAGUUCAACAAAGACCUGAACGACAUCCUCAGCAACGACAUCCUGUCCUACGUGGAGGAGCAGCUCAAGAUGGAGGGUGGACUCGUUCCACUUGAUCCCGUGGAUCACAUCUCUCCCUGCAUCCCAAACGUAGACCUUCCAAACCAGACUCCCAAUCAAGCUGGGCAGCAUAACUUGGGCUGGCCGUGUCUGUCCCAGAACCAGUUGAUGCCCAACGGAGGGAAGAUGACGGCGGAACAGCUGCCUCUUCUCCAGGGAACGAUGAAGCUGAGCCACAUGGACUUUCCUCAGAUGAGCUCUUCUGGGUUAAAUUUUCUGGCUCCUUCUCUUCAGCUGGGCAUUUCUGGAAACAUCUCCGCUCCGGUGACCUGUAACCCUUCAUGCCGCCAAGCACAGAACCAGACCAUGACUUUCAAAAUGAGUCCAAAAGACACCAGCCUUGGUCAGGCCUCAGCUGGUCAGCUUUCCACCAAUCAGAGGCCUCCUCAGAUGGGACUCCCCAUCCAGGGCCAAAGUCCUGAAGAUCUGUUGAAUCCAGUGUUCAUCUAUCAGCCCAACCAGUGGAACACCUCAGCUUCUGCUCCAAACCAAGCCAACAGCUUUGUGGAAACGUUCUCCUCAAGACCAAGUUUUCCUGCAGAUUCUUCCUACAGCCACAUGGCCGCCUCGGUUCAGACCGGUCAGCCACAGCAGCUGGUCCUUGGUGCCCCCUUCAACCAGGUACCGGGAUUUCAAGCUGGCCCCGUCGACCCAGCCAGCAGCAGACUCACAUUCAGGACUCCGGAGACUUUCCCUGAGCAGCAGGACUUAAUGUUCAGGAAUGGCCCCACAGCUGUGCUUCACAACGGGGUUGAGCACAGUUCGGCCAGCUGUCAGAUCCCCUCCAAGACCUCCUGCUUCUACCAGGCUCAUCCUGGAGGAGGAUCUGUUACAGCCUUGCCAAAACCCAAAGAGGUGGCGCCGUCCUGCCUGUUGGACGCUGGUCUGAAGUCCAACGGUUUCCUGCUGCAGCCUCAGCAGUUUCUACACUUUGGUAAAGAGACACGGAUUGACGGUCAUCCAGUCGUCAGUAACGGGGGCUUCCCAUUCUCCUCGGUGCCCAACGGGACCACCUGCCUGACAGAGAACAAAUAGGAACCAAUGGCCAUGACGCCUGGACCACAGACGCGGACUGAACCGUCGAUUUAGAGGAAACGCAAAGACUUGUGUGACAAAAAGGAAAGAAGACUGAAGAACUGGCGGCAAGAGACAAAAGAUGUCUCCAAGUCAGUUUUGUCUCAGCUGCUGGAGGAAGAGAAGUCAGAACAGGAAGACGACCAGGAGGUAGUCUACACCGUCCAUCACCGAUGGUGGGAUUUAUGGAAAACGAAACCUGAAUCCGAUCCGUUCUUCUCCCAACAAACAGCAUCAUUUUAAAACUUCUUACAACACUUUUGAAGUAGAUUAGGUGGGAGAGUUCAGACAUAAACAAUCGAAUCACGAAAACAACAAUCAGCUCAUUUUCACCCCCUACAGGUGGAGGAACAAAAUAACUGGCCUCCACAUUCAAAAGUAAAAUAUUGUCUGCGUGUGGUGGUGAAAAAUAUUAAAAAGUGUAUGUCUCUGGAUGGCCAGCAGGGGGCAUAAUCCAGAUUAUAUCCUUAGUUUAAAGAUUAUUCCUGAAGAACCCUCAUUUUUCACAGCAGCAUCCCAUAACUCCGCUUUAUCGUAAUACAUAUUUUACAUCGAUCAGAUGUGUAGAUGUGAUAAAAAUUUUAUCUGUUCAAAUUUACUGAUCCAGUCAGAACAGACGAAUAAAAAAUGUUUUUUUUUUGUCCUAAUUGAUCUUCUUGCACUAGUUUUAAUUGUCUGAGAGUAAAAAACCUCCAGAAUGUAAAGAUUUAUGUAAAAGACUUUAUAUAAAUUCUAAAUAAGUAUAAUGUAGUUUCUUAUAGCAAAGUGAAAACACAGUCUAGGAUUAUUAGAUAAAAGUUGUGUUAUUCGUUGGCCUCCUGAGACUUUAUGUGAAGACGUCCCAUUGAGAUGUGUUUUUCCUUUUUCAUGGGCAUUUGCUUAUUAUAUUUUAAAAUAAUUAGAUUUUUAUAUUCAUGAGAUCCGACUGAUCUCAAAUGUUGAAAAUAAAAACGCCCCAAACCAAAGCUCGUGGCGCAGGAGGUUAAAGGUCAGGGCUGCACGACAAGGCCUGGUCCUAUUUUUUUAUUUAUUCAUUAAUCUUCAGUAUUUUAUUUUGAAAAUAAAAUGCUCUAAUUAUGUGCAACAAUAUUAGAAAUUAUAAUUAUGUGUAGUUAACAAAUUCACCUUUGGCACUUUACUGAGGUUUGUGAUUAGCCCCGCCCCCUCACCUGUACGAAACCCAUCCUUGAUGCAACGGUUGUUAAAUAGCUGCUGGGAUGAAUGAGGGUCUUUAACCUUUGACCUCUGCCACUGCAGGAGCCCGGAGGUCCUUGGUGGUGUUUCUAAGGCAUCGAUCAGUCCAGUUAGAAUCAGAAUCAUAUUUGUUUACCAGAUGUGUAAAACUCGAUUUGUUUCCAGCUGUUGGGAGCUCCUGAGCUCAACGUAAACAAACAUGGCCGACACGUAAACAGUGCAGACAAACAUGGCUAGUUGAGGGUCUAAUCCACCUUAAAAGCGUCCGAGUCAACAUAAAAACUAAAUCCAGAACACAGAGAACUCUCUCUGACACACACACACACACACACACACACACACACACACACACACACACACACACAUACACACACACACACACACACACACACACACACACACAUGUUCCUCUUGCUCUGCUUCCUGUUCUGAUCACCCAGAAGGAUUGAAGAAAUCACUGUUUUAUUGCUGUUUUAAUCGUAUCUAAAGCGUCUCGAUUACGUUCAUUUCAACUCCCUCCUGUCCCAGAGGGGGAGGUUUGCUUCGCAGAGACAGGGUAUUACAUUUAUUUAACAACAAACCAAAACAACGCACAAGCAAGUGGAGACGGACGUCGUCCCCAAUCAGCCAGAAAGUUGAGACGAUUCAGUGAAAUCAGCUGCUUGUUUACAGCUUCAUCACUGAGCCUGUUGUCUCAUUUAUUCCUUUCUGUAUUUGUUUUAUUUCUUCUUGUUUUCUUGUUAUUGAUUGUGUGUGUACGUGUGUGUGUGUGUGUGUGGGGGGGGGGGGGGGGGUCUAAAUCCAGACAGUGCCUUAAACUUACCGAUCUUUUAAAUGGACGGCAAACCAAAGACGACCAAACCUUAGAAAAGCACAGAAACCCCGUCAGACUCACGAAAGCACUUUUUAAUCCAGAUUUAAUUUAAAACACGGAUUAUUUCCUCUAAAUUUAGUGUGUUUCCAUCCUCCGCCUCCCUCCUGGUUCUGAGAUAACCAACCGUUCUGACACCAGAACACAGAAGUUGAACUGGUUACGUCAGCUAGAAUCAAACACGGAGCAGGAAUAAUCUGAGCCGUAAAGCCAGACCUCCUCCGAACAUCGACAGCGUUUAUUCUUAGAGAUUUAGGCAGAAAAUAUGAAUGUUUAAUUUAUCAAAUUAAUAAUCUGAACUGAAGCCAUCAGUUAUUUCUGAGGAGACCAAAAGGGACCCGACCAGAACCUCACGCCUUAUUUAUUACAGAUUUAUCACAUCAGCGUGCAAACUCGCACAGAUCACUUUCUGUUUGUAGGGAAAAAUCUGUCAAAUUAAGAUUACAGAAAACAGUUUUUAGACAAACAUGAAACUUUUUUACCGAUGAGGCUAAAUCAGACAUGUUUGUUUUCUGCUGGCGGCAGCCGUCUGGCUGGUUUUUACCGGCCGGGCUCUCCUGUGAGGAUGGAGCUCUGGGAAAUGCAGUGAGCAGAUUCAGAUUAGGUGUUUCACACACUUUGGCUCAGUGUUUGUGAUUCUUCAGGUCGUCGUUUCAAUUCAGAAAGAUUUCAUUUAUUAAAGAGAAACUGCGUGAAUCUGGAUCUUCUAGUGAAGAGUUAACAGUAAAUAUAAUUAGACUGCCUCCUUUAUGGAGCCAGUUUCUUGUACAUAUUCUAAAGCUGAGCCGAAGCAACUUAAAAUGUGAUCAAACAUCUAAAUUGAAAUCUUUUCUCUUCUUUCUGUGAACGCUUUAUAAACCGUCGCCACAUGUAUGAAAACUAAAGGAGCGUUUUAUCCGGGGUCUUCUACUCUUCUCUUUUAAAUCAGCUUUCACUCGGUGCCUUUUCUUUACUAAGUAUUUCCUGUAUAGAUGUAUAAAUGUGUGUGUGUGUGUGUGUGUGUGUGUGUGUGUGUGUGUGUGUGUGUGUGUGUGUGUGUGUGUGUGUGUGUGUGUGUGUGUGUGUGUGCGUGUGCGUGUGCGUGCGUGCUCCAACAUUAUUAUUAAAUGCUUUUGUUAAUAUUUUAUGGAUAUUUUCCAGCCUGAUGAGGCCAAGCCUCCAGGAUGCAGUAUCUCUGUAUGUCCUCUAACCCAUAUAUGGUCAUGUAUCCUGUAUGUUAAGGCAACUCACCGCUCUGUUUUGUACACAUUCUGCACAACUUGUAUGUAAUCGUUUGUUUCUGAUGUAUUUUUGAUAUCUUGUGAAUCUGCUAUUGAUACUUUGCCUCCGACUGUUUAAUCUGAGUGUUUGAAUUUGUCUGUAAAUGCUUCACACAUUAAAGUGAUCUGAUCGCUGCA